AUGACAAUUAGUGAAAAUACCUUCCGAGAUGUUAAGCUAGAUAAAUUUCCUGAUUUAGAUAACCAUUCAUUUAAAAAAAAAAGUGAUGUUAGUAUCGAACUCAGUGAUUCCAAAUAUUUAACUGGAAAGAAGGUUUUUCCCUAUGAAAACAAUGACAGUUGUAUAGCGGAUAAUAAAACGAAGCAAUUUAAAAAAAGUGAUGAACAGUUUGAAGUAACUGGGGAUAAUGAAGAUAUGGAAAAUUUUAAUGACUCUAGUAAUCUUGUCGAGAUAAAAGGGAUUCAAAAGCCAAAAAAUUAUGAUAUUUGUUUAGAUCGUGAUUUAAAUGUUGAAAAUAACCAAGAUUCUGGUAGAAUAAUAAUGCUCGAUUUAGAUAACACAUUGAUCCCCACAAAUUGGAUUAUGCAAACAUGGAGAAACAUUCAAUGUGAAAUGGGCAAUGAAGGAGAUAGUAUAGACUACGGUGAAAAUGAAAAUAACCUUUAUGAGUUGACAGAACAAAUUAGAAAUGAAUUAGUUCAGGUAGGAUUGUUUCAAACACUUGAAAAAUUCUUUUCUGACCUAUGGAAUACUGGAAAAGCAUAUAAAAUUGUAAUAAUUACAAAUGCAGGACUAAGAACUGUUGAAUUGUUUUAUCUAAAAUACUGUCUUCCGAAAUUAGGUGAUUUGUUGAAAAAAUACAAUAUUGAAAUUAAAUCAACAGAAGAUUAUAUUAGAAAAAAAGGACCUCCUCCAUCUCCAUUUAGAGAAGAGGAAUAUCGGGAAUUUUAUACAAAUGCAAAACUACAUGAAUUUCAAAGGGUAUUGUUAGAUUGUUGGGGGAAUAGUUUAGAGCAUGCCGGUGAAGUGCCACCAAUAUUUGAUGUUAUAUCUGCAGGUGAUCAAGCUUGUGAAAUGACAGCAGCCUGCAGAAUAAGUAAAUUUUAUGAAAAUAGAAUACGUCGCACCAAGCUUAUCUAUAUUCAUGACCCGGAAGAUUUCCGAUUUUGGAAACAAAAACCAGAAAGCUUUAUAACUCAACUUUCGGAAACUCAUAGAGAACUGUUAAAUAUACUUAGUGAUGACUCAGAAACCCUGAUUGGUUUUAGCGAUAUGAAUUCAACUGGAUUUACGAAUCUGGAGGAAGAAAAUGAUGAAGAAUUUGAGGAAGUUGCAUUGGGAUGGUACUGUAGGGGAAAAUACAUUAACAUUGCAGUAAGUAAGCCUGAAAGAUUUGUGUUACCACAAGGUAGUGAUGAAAUUUACCUCGAAACUGAAAGGGACUAUUUUGGAAAAGUAGUAUAG